CGAGGACCAGUUUAUGGUUUGCUACGCUGUAUUUUCACAGUGCUUUCUGGAAGCAGUAUGUGGUGUUGUCUAGCUUGACUGUGCUGCGGCUGCUAACCAGUCCAGCGGCUUGUUCUCCGUCUAGUCGAUCCUGUCAACAGCACUGCAACCUGAGACGGGAUAGCCAGUCAGUUGGCUAGCUAUGUAAACCUGCUAAGUUAGCUCCUCCGCUAGCCUCUCUAGUAACCAAUUGUCACGACUCCUAUUUAUCCUGCUAGCUUGCGUGGACAUAUCGUGUUUAAAGUUGUUUCGACAAGAAGAGAGGAAAAACUGACUUUUAUCGCUUGGCUCCUUCCUCCUGUGUGAUAUGACAUCACAGUUUGGUUACAACAAAAGCCUGAGCUCGACAGCAGACUGUUGACAUCUGGUCAGGUGCUGUUACAAAGGAUGGCUGCUCAGGUGGAGGUUAAAACUGGGGAGGUAGGGAGGCCAGUGGCAGGAGGACGCCUUCACCUGAGUCCUCUGACUGACUCCAGCAAUAAGAGCCUUAUCGAGAUUUCAUCUAUCAAUCAGUCACAUAUCAUCACACCAGAACCUAACAAACCUGUCCCCGGCCCCAAGCCCCGACUGACUCCCAAACCUUUUGCUGUGGAGAAAAAUCCCACUAUUAAGCCCAUACUUGCCCCUAAACCCCAAACCAAACCCCGACCAGAGUCCACUCGCCUUGCUGGAUACAAACCUGAGUUUCCAACCAGUCCAAAACCACAGCAACCCGUUGCCACCGGCAAACCCAGGCCAGUAUCAGCCAGCCCCAAUCGUCCUGCCCCUACCUCCUUUAAAACAUCUAAUAAGGUCAACGCUGGACAAACAACCAAGCCAACGGUCCAGCCAUUUAAACCAGCGCCUCCACUCGACCCUGGAGAUCCCAGCAAACCCACUGCCCCUGUGCCAGUAGAGAGGCAGAAACCUGCUGCCUCAAACUUAGCCCAUUCCAAAAGUCUUAAAAAGCUUCCAUCUGCAGAGUGGUCUGGAACCACUAAAAAGGAAGACGAGAAUGAUCAGACAGCACAGAGUAAAAGUGCUACCUCCAUUACCAGAGCUAAGUCCAUGGGUUUUCUUGCUCAGGUAGGGCAAGAGGAAGAAGCAAAAGAAAAAGCUUUGCCUGAAGUAUCGGUUCCACUGCGACCCCAGACCAGAGGCUCCAGGCCCAGACCUGUUUCAGCCAUUUUUCCUGGCAGUCCAACUAAAGCAGAGACAUCAGUUCCAGCACCUCGCUGGGCCACAAGACGACCCCUUUCAGCUGAUCUCACGUCCAAGUUUGAGUCUAUUGGUCUUUCACUGCACCGUAAAAGCCCUAAAGCAGAUACUAAAGAGAACACUCCAGAGGAGAAGGCACUGCCACAGAACAGAGAGCAAGAUAAAACCCCCAAGAGUACCACAGCACAAAGAACUGAUGGUGUAGGUGAUCCUGUCCUCUCAGACCAAAGCAACAAAAAGGCAGAAGAAAUGAAAGAGACUGAUGAGGAUAAGCGUGGCGUCAGCAUCAAAUCGCGAAUCAGUCUUCUCCUCGAUUCAUCGACUUCUCCUGUGCCUGGUGCCACAGGCCUGGGACCAGAUCCUCAGUCUCCAGUGCAGCUGGUUCCUGAUACAGAACCACCAGUGGGUGUUAAGCGGCUCAUCAAACAGCUAACAGAGGACACAACGCCAACUCAGAGCCCUGUCCUGAAACCAGCACUGAAGCCCCGCCCUCUGCCCCUUGACCUAACUAAAAGGUUUUCGUCCGAGAGGUCACCAGACCUUGUUUCCCUCACUGAGGCAGCAGACCGCCAUGAGAUCAGCAAAGAUCCUCAGAGGAGGGCUGAAGAGUCUGCUAUAACUCCUGAAGAGCCUGAGGCAAGACAAACAUUUGGUGCCACUUCCAAGACAAGCGGUCCUGGUGUUGAAGUACACACAGUGCGAGCAUCCUUGUUUGAAAAUUAUGUGGAGAAGCACAGUGUGUUGGUGAUGGACGAGGGCAACAAUGCCAAGGAUGCACUCAGCAGCCCGUCAUUUCAGAGAGCAGAUAUGGAGGAUGAGGGAACUCUGGUCACUGCCACCUACAAAGAACCUGUAUCUCCAUCAAGUCCUAUGCGGAUUUUACAUGCCUUUGACACCGUGCAGGCAGUCGAAGAGAAUUGCGCAGUGAGUGAGAGCGUCCCGUCGGCUCAGUGGGAGGAUAAGGCCAUGACGCUCCGCUCCAGACGCUCAGAGGGGAGCAGGCCAGCGGCAGAGAGGGCUGGUCCAGCACAGGGACAACCAGCUUUGGCAGUGAUGCCAGAACGGCAGCCACGGUAUCUGAGAGUAGGAGGUUUGCAGAAGUGGACCACCUCAAAUCUUGACCAAGAUGCUGGUUUAGAGAAAGGGAUGCAAAAGGAAUCUCAAAGGGAAGGAAAAGUGAGUUUAGAUAAGGACAAAGACAGGCAGGGAGUGGCAGAGCAGGAUGAAGUGGCUGCAGCCCCUAAACGUUUGAAAACGCUGCAGACAGACGAACAGCCGAAACCCAGGGCAACUUACUUUGCUCUGACGGGGCAAAUGCAGGAGCCAGUUUCUCCUGGAGAUGCCGGUACAAGCAUUGUUGACAUGACUGCACCCUUUGAUGAGUUCUCUGUGACAUCAGCUCUGGGCGGCUCACAAGGGAAGGUUCUUCCAAUGAAGAAAAAUCCAUCAUUGGAUGAAGUUUUCGGAAAAGGACCUCAAGAUCAAGUUGACGAGCUGAUGAGGAGGAGCCAAAUGUCACCCAAAGAGAUCCCGUCAGCAUCAGACAGACAGGCAGAAGAUGAAAUGAUCGAAGCUGGAAAGAAAAGAGAACUAAAAAAGGAGACGGAAAGACACAAGGCUAAAAUGAAAGAGCUUGAAAGGGAAAAACAGAAACAACUUGAAUUAGAGAAACAAGACCAUUUAGAAUUUGCACGAAUGAAGGAAAGGGAGAUGCAAAGAGAAUUUGAAAGGCAAAGGCAGAAAGCGUUUGAAAAGGAGAAGCAAGAAUUUGAGGAGAAACAGCGUGCGAUGGAGAGGCAGAAACAGAUUGAACUCGAAAAACAGAAAUUGCAAGAAUUGGAGAGGGAGAAGCAGAAAGAACUCGAAAGGGAGAAGAAACAGCGUGCCCUGGAAAGACUAAAACAGAUAGAGCUUGAAAAACAGAAACAGGCUGAGCUUGAGAAACAGAAAUUACAAGAAUUGGAGAGGGAGAAACAGAAAGAACUCGAAAGACAGCGGCAACUGGAAAGAGAAAAACGCAGAGAACUGGAGAGACAGAGAGAGAUUGAAAGAGAGAAACUACAGGAAAUAGAGAGACAGCGUGAAAUGGAAAGGCAUCGACAAAGGGAGGAGGAGAGACAGAGAGAGCUGGACAAGGAAAGACGGCUGCUAGAACUCCAAAAGGAGAAACAGAGAAUGGAGGAGCUGGAGAGAGUCAAAGAGCUGGAGAAACAACAGCUUGCUGAAUUUCAAAAACAGAAACAGAAAGAAAAGGAGAGGCAGCAGAUCCUGGAACUUGAAAAGCAGAGACUUAGAGAGAAGAUGGAGAGAGAACAGGCAGAGAAAAUGAAACAAAUGGCAUUGGAACAGGAAAUGUUAAGAAUAAAAGAGCUUGAUAAAGAGAGAGAAAGACAAAAGGAAUUGGAGAGGGAGCGUCAGAAAGAGAUUGAGCGGGAAAGGCAGAGGGAGCUGGAGAAACGACGACAGAGAGAUUUAGAGAGGGAAAGACAAAGACAGCUAGACAUUGAGAGACAAGAAUUAGAAAACCAGAGGCUGAGACAACAAGAACAGGAGAAGGAGAAGCAGCGGUUGAGAGACUUGGAGCGAGCGAGACAGAGACAAUUAGACAAUGAGAGACAGGAAUUAGAAAAUCAAAGGCUGAGACGAGAACAGGAGAAGGAGAGACAGCGGAAGGAGGAUUUAGAGAGACUUAAAGAGAUGGAAAGAAGACAGCUCUUGGAAUUCGAAAAAGCAGAAAAAGGCAGAAAAGGACAGGCAACAAAUUAUGGAGCUUGA